AAGAAGUUCGCAUCCUACUGUAGCAUAAUAACGUAUCACGGAAAUUCUUUUUCCAAAGGCUUUUAGGACCUCCAGCUGAUUCGGAGGAGGGCGUCUAUUGAAUAAAAUUGCAUGGUCAAAUAUGAAGGAAACGCACUGAUAGGGCAGAUACUGUUAGUCAUCACGUCUAGAGACACGUUUGCUAAAGGGAAAUUAAUCAAGAAAUGGUAGUUGCACGUUAAUGUGAAAUUGGUCGAGAUAAGUGCCCCCUGAAUACGUUGUUUCUUUGUGAUGUCGCGACGAUAGCCACGGACAGAUAACAUGCUCUUGUUUACCGUUUGGAGUGAGUCUUAAUUAGUUGCUUUUGUUUAGCUCCCAUAUGAAGGUUAUCUUUGUGUAGUGCUUAAUAUAUUUUCUGGAUAGAAAGUGAAUUGUUGGCCCUUUUUGUGGUGAAAUUGUGUCGUUGGUGGAUUGCUAAGAGGUGAUGGCAACAAACAGGAGCGGCGCUGUUCAGCGGCCAAACGGCGCGCCCCAGACCAAAGUGUGCCAGUUCAAGCUGGUGCUGCUCGGCGAGUCCGCGGUGGGCAAGUCCUCGCUGGUACUCCGGUUCGUCAAGGGCCAGUUCCACGAGUACCAGGAGAGCACGAUCGGGGCGGCGUUCCUUACUCAGACCGUCUGCCUUGAUGACACCACUGUGAAGUUCGAGAUAUGGGAUACAGCGGGGCAGGAGAGAUAUCACAGUUUAGCACCGAUGUACUACAGAGGGGCGCAGGCCGCCAUCGUCGUUUAUGAUAUAACUAAUCAAGACACAUUCGGUCGCGCGAAGAAUUGGGUGAAGGAGCUCCAGCGGCAGGCGUCACCAUCGAUAGUGAUCGCCCUGGCCGGGAACAAGAGCGACUUGGCCGCCAAGCGCAUGGUCGAGUUCGAGGAGGCCCAAGCGUACGCCGACGAGAACGGGCUGCUCUUCAUGGAGACCAGCGCCAAGACCGCCAUGAAUGUCAACGACAUCUUCCUGGCUAUUGCGAACAAGUUACCAAAGAGCGAGUCGGCGGGCGCGGCGGGCGCGGGCGCGCGGCGGCUCAACGACAACGACGCGCCGCGCGCCGGCGGCUGCUGCAAGUGAUACUCUCACAGAAAUGUCCCACACAGCGCUCGGCGCGGGCCGGCGUCGGGGCGCCGCCGGAGACUUGCGGCGCGCCCCGGGCUCGGCCCCACACACACACACCACCCGCCAAUUCUAAUGCCAUCUGUUUAAAACUAUAUUGACAUUGACACCUGUCAGAACACGCGCCAAAUAGUGACAUCAGAAUUGGCGCCAAACCGAAAAGAUUGAAACCGUCACCCACGUUCCGGUUUCAAACUUCUCGGACGAAACGCAGGCGGCGGCGACCCAAUAUUAUUAAAAAAAAAACGCUAUAUGAUAAAUAGAUUAAAACUUAUUUGUAAUUUUAAUGAGAUGUAAUAAAAGAUAUAUUUAAUUUCGUUUGUAUCAUGUUAUAGGCAGUCGGCUGCACUGUUCCCAUGUAGUUUAAGGGGUUACAUAACGAAAUUUCGGUUUAGGCCGUAUAAUGUCGUUGCUAUGUUAAAGAUGCUGCAGUCGGAAGGGAUACGCUUACUUGCUGUUAAAGUCAACGCAUAAUAUAGAUGAGGGCUAUUGAACAGUAAUAAAAAUAAAACAAUUAAGUGUUCUCAUUUUAAAAUUGCCACCCACAAAAUAGCGAGAACAUUCCUUGAUAAAGUUUAAGAGUUUUAUUUAAAGGUCUCAUCGAAUAAACUGAAAUUUAAUGUAACAAUGUUAUUUCUUCAAUGAAUUUUUCAAAUCAACGACAUUUCAGCCGUCGUUCAAAACGUAUGACUUCCAGCUGCAGUAUCUACAGUAAUACGUCACAUAGAAGCAUAUGCUUCAAUAACUAUCAAAACGUGGUGAAGGUGCAUUUACAUUCGCGAUUCAUUCUCACUUCGCUUUCAUUUUACUUACGCCGAGGCCGUGAAACAUAGAUCCCGGAGCAAAUAUAAAAAAAAAAUAUGUCAACGUUAAUUUUUGUACAGCAAAAUGUCAAAUAAGUUGCCAGUUGCCAGCCAACGUUCAUAAUAAAUUUUUAUUUGCAUGUUAAUAUUAUUGCAGAGUUACAUUAGAAGUAAAGUUUCUGUAUCUUGUUUCGAUUAUUAAGAUUUUUUGGUUUAGCUGAUUGGUUGGCGAAUUGUCAUAUUGCCGAAUGACAAAUGUGAAACUUUAUAAAAAUAUGUUGGCUUUUGAUAUCUUAUUUGACAUUUGUUAUAAUAAAUUAUAAAUACUUAAAAAAAACAAUUAAUUUCGGUCCAAAAGAUUUUCCUUCAUGAAGCUAUACAUUGAAUUUUGAAACUUGAAUACAGCUGUCACCUCUGUGAAAUACCGCGUCUGUGAGCCGGUCUCAUUGCAAACAAACCCUAUUACUUUGUAGAUAAGAGUUGUAUUCGCAUCGCUUCAAUCGUGGUUUCAUCGUUUUCCACAAGGUCCUAGGCUAAUUUCAUCACCGCCGUUUCUCCUGCACAUUUCAAUAUAUUUUUUUAUACAAGCGACAAGACCAAACAUUUUGAAAAAGAGAGAAAACAUGUCCUCUGGAUUCUUGUCAACGUGUUUAACCGGAGUUUUGACUGUUCUGUAACUAUGUAUAGGUACUUGUCGCUUUGAUAUAUUUUGUCGUCUUGAGGUCACACAACAAUCCUGUACGUUCUGUGCUACAGCAACCAAAUUAUUGUAGGUAAUUUUAAUUAAGUUAUUAAUUCUGUCUAUUUUACAUUGGUACAUCCGGCCUUGAUUUGAGGUUAUUGUUUGCAACAUUGACACAUCAUUUGAAAAAAUAAAAGCUUUUAAAAAGUAUUUAUUUAUUCAAAUUUCAGUAGACCCACACACCAAAAUAUAUUGAAAUGUGGAGGAACAAACGCAUUUCUUAUUUAGUUCAAACAAUAGUUAUUUAAUAUUAGGUUUACACGUCUCAGUUAGGUCGUUGUAGUUAUUUUAAAACACACUAAUUAUUCAAUGGACAAAUUGUUCUACGUUAUGUUUAUGUAACUUUAUAAUUAUAUAUUUUAAGCAAAGUGUAUCUUGGUGGUUUUGCUAAUCAGUGUUUCAGCAUUAUAUUUGUAUAUCGCAUUCCAUACAGGGGUCCUUUCUGGGUUUUCGAAACUUAAUAUGUAAAAUAUUGGUCAUAGAAAAACAUCAGUAGACGGAACUAUGGUCGAGGAGUAAUCGCCUCAAUAUUUAUAGCUAAAUAUUUUUUUAUAGGCUUGUUCUUGUAGCUGUAAUAUCUAAUGAGAAGAUUAAUUUUGUCUGAAAAUGUCUUGAUACUGAGCGAUGCUACACUUGAUAUUCUUCAUUUGUGAUAUAAAUAUUAACCUAUUACAAAAUUGUUAAUGCAUUUGGUGAGCCCUGAAUCCCGAAAAUUAUAGAAAAUGUCCAAUAAGGUUUUCAUGUAAAAUCGAUUGCGGUUACUAUACAACUUUUGUUAUACAUAGAUGUUAUGUAUCUUAUUUUGGAUAUGGAAAUUGGAGGCUCGUGACCGCCCGCUUCCCCGCGCCUGAGCAACUGUCUUGUAAAAUUAAAUGCCGAUCGUUGGUAAGAGCAUUCCUAUAAACGACUAGACCGGUAUAGCUUAUGUGAUUAAAUAUUGUAUUACACGUAUAUAUAAUAUCUUUUAGGAUUUCAAAAAUAUAUUGUAAUUAAUGGAAAUACAAUUAUGAAAUUUUCUCGGCGAUUCUCGUUGUUGAUGAAUCAUCAAUAUUGCUAUAAAGAUUUAUGAAGGAAUGUUGCCAACUUUUUGUCAGCCGAGUAAACAAUUUUUUUCUUGUAUAAACACCAUCUACUCGUAUCCUAAAGAUAUCUACUACUCGGCUUAUUUUAGUUUUGAGCUGACAAAUUGAUGUGAAUACGGCCUUACAAUGCGGCGACCACAAGCGGAGAUGAGUAGGUAUCAACCAAUCGCGCAACGUUUUCAAACAAUUGAGCGCUGCUAUUGGUUGAUUCCCCGCAGCUCCGUUUCUUUAUACGCUAGUUUCGUGUUUGGGAGCGGGCGGUCAAGCUGGGCGGCUAUGGCGGACGCCACAAGUGGUCGAAGCCGUAACUGACCGGCGGCGGGAUGCUAACGCGCGGUAACAUUGUAUGUUUUUGUAUUGUGUAAAUAUUUUGGAUUUAUUAAGAUUAUUAUAUUGAAUAAAAAAAAUAUUGUAAAUGGACA